AUGCCACUGGCAGAACGCAUAGCAUCCGUCUUGGAUGAGAGUGCGUCUUCUUCAAGCUCGUCAUCAGCGAGCUCCCCUCCUCACCCUCCUUUGCCCGACGCUGUGCUUCACAGCUUGCGGCUCUCCAGUCAGCGGCAGGUUGACGACACACAUCUCCGUGUCACCGAAGCGCCGCCGGGGAUUGCCGAGAAAGCUUCGCAUCGUCCUUGCUCGGCAGACUCUGAAUCCCCGGACGCAACAAGAGACAACGUAAUUUAUGCAAGAUCCAGUGGUCAAAUGGACUGGUCUGGGCUCAGCGAUGAUCGCCUCGACCGCAUCAUAGCCAACCUCGAGGCCCGUGCCUUGGAACGUCGCGAAAAGAUUCGCAAGAUUGAAGCAUUGAGUAAAGAGCUUGGCCUCGACGUCUGUCAGGAGAAUUGGGUGGCCUCGUUGAAUCAUCUGGCAUCAUCAUCCAGUCCAAGCAUAGGCAACAGCCAACCGAAUGGCGAUGGAGACGAAGUGAGAGACGGGGCCCACACGCCACAUGUGAUCGAGCCCGUGUCUACCCCUGGGGCUUCGAUUACUCAUAACCCCAUUGUUCUGGAAGAAGAGCGGGCAGACAGCUACCCUCAUAGGCAAGGCGAGCAUUCUGGUACUCGUCACUUGCCAAGACUGCUGCGUGGGUUGAAGAGAAGUUACAGUCAAUCGGAACGCCAGAACGCUGAUCCAGCCGAUUCCCGUGAAGAUGAAAACGUGGGCGGGGUGACCAAUCGCUCACCCUCCCCUGCCCAGGCGGACUCAUCACGUUCUCAAGCCUACCUCAACAAUUUGGCGCGUCAGAGGGGCUGCUCCACGGCAACUGGGAAUAAUCUUGCUGAUCACACGUCGACUGCUCCUUCAAGAUCGCCCAGAAGAGUCUUCGCUCCUCAAUCCAGCAGCCCUACAACCUGUUCGCAACCCGAAGGCCAUACCGCCUGGUCUAUCAUCUUGCAAAAGUACCCUGAAGAAAUCGCUCAGAGUUAUCGACCCGGCGAACGUCCAACCAACCUCAGAAUCGUAUCUAUGAAGAGCCUCGCAAGAGGAGAGAAGGUGCAAAGCCGUGGCAUAUCGCGGACCUGA